UUCAAAUGCAGUCUAGUUUCAUUAGUGAUGGAUCAUAGCUCAGUGUUUUGUAUAAUCGGUGCUGGCACUGCUGGUCUCGCUACAGCUAGACGUGUACUAGAAAUCGGUGGUCAAAUUGUAGUGUUCGAACAAACCACCGAAAUUGGUGGAACGUGGAAUUAUACGGACGCCAUCGGAAAAGACAAAUAUGGGCUGGAUAUCCACACUAGCAUGUACAAAGGGUUGCGGACGAACUUACCGAAGGAGGUUAUGGGUUUUCCGGAUUUUCCGAUUCCUGAACAAAAAGAAUCAUAUAUUCCUUCACAAGACAUCCUAAACUUCUUACAAUGUUACGCGGAAAAGUUCGAUGUGAUACGUCAUGUGCGAUUUGAAUAUCACGUGAUGAUGGUGGAUACUGUCACGAAUGGACCCAAAAAGUGGAAAGUGCAAGUUAAAAAUCUUCCUGAAGCUAAAAUUGGAACAUAUUUUUUCGAUUACGUUUUUGUUUGUAAUGGACACUACCAUACUCCACAGAAACCUCAUUUUAGCAAUACUGAUGUUUUCCUAGGAAAGCAACUGCAUAGUCAUGACUACAGAUCGGCGGAAAAUUUUAAUGGUGAAACAGUUCUAGUCAUUGGAGCAGGACCAUCGGGAAUGGAUUUGGCGUUGGAAAUUUCUAAAAAAGCGCGUCAUGUUACAAUGAGCCAUCACACGAAGGAACCAUUCAAGACUAUCUUCCCAAUCAACCUCACGCAAAAACCGGAUGUUCGAGAGCUCACACCUACAGGAGCGUCGUUCGUAGACGGAACGUGUGAGGAUUUCUCUGUAAUCUUAUACUGCACCGGCUAUCGGUACAAUUUUCCAUUUUUGGGUGCAAGCUGUGGAGUAUCAGUGGACGACAACUACGUUCAACCACUGUUCAAACACUGUAUCAACAUCACUCAACCGACGAUGGCCUUCAUCGGACUUCCGUAUUAUGUGUGUGCCGCACAGAUGUUCGAUUUACAGGCAAGAUUCUGUCUGAAAUAUUACAGUGGAGAAAAACGCCUACCUACGCAACAAGAAAUGAUUACUGAUAUGAAUGCACAAAUGGAACGGCGUUGGGAACAAGGGUAUAGAAAGAGCCAAGCACACAUGAUGGGACCUGCUCAGGGAGAGUACUACAAGGAUCUGGCCGAAACAGCCGCACUGGAACCUAUCAAACCAGUCAUGACAAAGUUGCAUAACGAGAGCAGCCAGAGAUUCAACGACGAUUUAUUGAAUUUUCGGCGGGACGUUUUUAGAAUAGUCGACGAUCAGUCGUUUGAAGAAACUAGUGGAAAUAUGGCAAUAUGAAAGCUUUUAUAUUUCCAAUAGUUUGAACAUUUAAUUAUUUUAUAGAAUAGGUUAACAUUUUUCGACACAUACAGUGAAAUUUCUUUGUUAUUCACCGUGAGUGACUCUCUUAUACAACACACUUCCAGAAGAUAGAAGUUAUAAGAAAAGUAGAAUUAGUUAGAAACAAGGAAAAACUAUACCUUGCGUAUAGCUGAGUUUGAUCAAACGACUAAACUCAAGUUCUGGAAGCUUCAGUGUAUAAAUUCAAUUAGAAACCAGAAACAUCUUUGUGAUAAAAAUCCACUAAUCUACACUUUCUUUGUAAGAAAUAUAAAAAACAAUUGAUAGUAGACC